CUGACUAAAAAAAAAAAAAAAAAAAUUCAGAGAGAGAGAGAGAGAGAGAGAGAGAGAGCCGAAGGAAGAAGAUGCAUUCAGUUGGUUACCGCGCGAACGCGCUGGUGACGUUCGCGUUGACGAUUCUCGCGGUGAUGUGUGGAUUCGCCUCACUCUCUGACAACUUCAACGCUCCCAACCCCACUGCUGAUGUGCAGGUUUUGAAUAUAAAUUGGUUCCAAAAGCAACCUAAUGGAAAUGAUGAGGUCAGUCUGACGUUGAACAUAUCAGCAGAUCUGCAAUCCAUGUUCACCUGGAACACAAAACAGGUCUUUGUCUUUGUUGCUGCUGAAUAUGAGACUCCACAAAAUGCCUUGAAUCAGGUUUCACUUUGGGAUGGCAUCAUACCAUCAAAAGAGCAUGCAAAGUUUCGGAUACACACAACAAACAAGUAUCGCUUGAUUGAUCAGGGAAACAAUCUUCGAGGCAAGGAGUUCAACCUGACACUGCAUUGGCAUGUCAUGCCCAAGACUGGAAAAAUGUUUGCUGAUAAAAUUGUGAUGACUGGGUAUCACUUACCUGAGAACUACAGAUAGUGCUCGGUCCUCUCUUGCCGUGAUUUGUGCCCCUAAAUUAUAGAAUGCGCCAUGUAGAAUUAAACUGUAACAGAAACAAAAGGGUAAAGGUCAUUCAAGCUAAGGAGGUUGCGUUAAAUUUCAGAUUUUGUAUGGGAUGUUUCCCUUGAUAGAAUGAUUUUUGUUAUUCUCCUUGAUGUAAUGGUUUCUCUCUCGUCGUGGGAUUAUUUCUAAUGUGGUACUCGAUUUUUUGUUCUCGUCGA